AUGACAUUGUUUGAUAUGCUAGAGCACUAUGAGCGUUGCCUUUCGGGACGACGCUUGAAUGAGGCGAUCCUAGACAUCGUGGCCUUGCAGUCCGUUCCAUUUACAGACACGGAUGCUUCAAGUCUUGAGAAACAUGCUGCCCGAGUUUUCACUCCUUGUAUGUUUGAGUUGGUCAGAUGGAGCAUAAAUGCCGUCAGCAAAUGUGUUAUCAGCGAGAUACUAGAUGCAUGGGAGUUGACUACAUAUGUUGUGGCUAAGAUCGAUAGAAGAGAGAAGAAGUUCGAAGUGUGCUGUGAGCUGAAGGAAGGUUCUUUGUACAGGAUCAGUUGCUCUUGUCGUAAGCUGGAGUGCUUGGGAACACCAUGCUCUCACAUAUUCUACAUCUUGGGAAUACGUCAAGUGGAACUGCUGCCUAGGUGUUGUGUUCCCAUGAGGUGGACGAUGAGUGCAAAGUCUGCAUUCCCUCCGACCAGAAAGAGCGAGAUGUAUGACUAUUCGGAAAGCCUUGUGAGGUACUGUGAGUUGCGGAAUUUGAGUCACGCCGCAUGUUUCCGGGCAUGUCAAUCCAGUGAGGAGUAUCAGCGUCUGAAGAUGGUUCGGAAUGGACAAGAUGGCAGCAAGGAAUCAAGCCGUGGUCAGGAGGAAUGCAUUAGGUUUGGUCCGGUGCUGCCACAGACGACGGAAAUUGAUUGUGGAGAUUUGGAAAAGGUUCUGGACCCAGUGCAUGUGCAAGGCCGAGGUGCACCGAAGAAAAGGUUGCAGGCAAAGAUGAAGAAGCAAAGAUCAAAGAGGAAAUGUGGCUACUGUGGGGUGACAGGUCAUGAUCGGCGUAAUUGCACUAAACUGCAAGAGGAAAUGAUGGCAGCAAACUGUUAGAUGCAGCUAUCUCUGCAAGGGGUUUCGUGGUAGGAAACUGUUGCCCUUGUGGUCCAUUUUUCAAGUAUUAAUUUCUGCAAGUAUUUCAUUUUCCACGAUCUUGCCGAUCCGUCCCCUGCGAUGCCUCAACCUCCUCGUAGCCCUGCACAUGUAUUCUUGUCUGCAUGUUCAGCUGCAAGCUCAUCUGUAGAGAAAAAAAAUUGUUGUACAAGCUAGUAUUGAAGUUGCAUCCACUUUUUCCUUGUUCUGCAGCCCAAGGUAUCUUCAGAUGAUGAUUGGAGCUGGAUGGCGCUCAAGCUAUUGCGUAAGCUAGGAUAUAUUGGAGUUUGAAAGUUCUGUGUUGUAAUGCAUCUCUUCUGGUAAAGCGGUUGAUUUAUGUUUGGACAUAAAAAAGUGAGAUACAAGAGUUGUAGAACAAAGCUAUCCUUAUAAAAUACUCCGUCCGUCCCAUAAUGUAAGACGU